ACAACUAAGAAUAUUACCCCUCUGAUUAUCUGCUUCACCCCUAACCCCCAUCUCAUCCCCGAAUUCGCAUUCUGUUUUCCCGCGAUUAUUUUCACCCACAGGGAACCAACGAUAACUUGAGAAGUGACUUAUGGGAUGCAGGCCUAAUUUGAAUGGCGAAAGUGCGGUGAAAGCAAAGGCUCAUCAAGUCAUCUGAGAAGAAAUCUCCAAAACUCGAGAUGGCAGAUGGGGCAACAGAUGUUGAAUUCUCCGAAUCUUUGCACCAAGAGGACCCAAGUAAAUACAUCAAGGAUGAAGAAGAGGAGCAGGAUCACUUCCAUAACGUUAUCAGAGCAUUUCUUGCUUACAACACUUCAUCACUACGAAAACUGCAGAAGCGUGUGAAAGAUUUUAUGAGUAUACCUGUUUGGCAUAGGAAACUUGCCCCAAAUUAUGCUAAACGGUUAAAAGAUUGCAAAACCUGCAUAGAAGAGAACUAUAAGUUGGUCAAGUCAAUUAUUAACUUUACAAACGGAAUGUUUCAGAACGCAGAGUUUGGGCCACCUGGUCAAGGAAGUGUGCCAGUUAUUUCGCCUGAAGAUGAAAGCAAAGUAGUUACAACUCUUACUCAGAUUGUGAGGGACUGGGCAGAGGAAGGUGCAGAAGAACGGCAUGCGUCUUAUGGUCCAAUUUUAAGAGCCAUGAAUUGUUAUCUUCCUGCUGAGAACAGGGGAAGUAUUGGCGUCUUGGUACCUGGUGCUGGCCUUGGGAGGUUGGUUUACGAGACUGCUAAACUUGGCUUCAACUGCCAAGGAAAUGAAUUUAGCCUUUAUAUGCUCUUUGGAUCAAACUUUAUAUUAAAUCAAGUUGAUGGAGAAAACAGCAUAACUUACUACCCGUGGGUACAUCAGUACUGUAAUAUUGUGAAACCAGACAACCAUAUUGCUGCAGUCAAAUUUCCCGAUGUAAAUCCGAGAGAACUACCUCAAGAUGCAAAACUUUCAAUGGCAGCAGGUGAUUUUCUUGAAGUGUACACAGAACCAAACUGUUGGGAUUGUAUUGCAACAUGCUUUUUUAUUGAUACUGCACACAAUAUUAUGGCAUAUAUUGAAAAGAUCAAUGAAAUUUUAAAGCCUGGAGGAUAUUGGAUAAAUAAUGGACCAUUAUUAUAUCAUUUUGCAGAUAUCCCUGGUGAGGUAUCGAUUGACCUGUCAUAUGAGGAAAUAAAGAAAAUUAUCACAGAGGACUUCAAGUUUGAAUUACUAGAGGAAAAUUUGGAUGGUAUGAGUCACUAUAUCCAAAAUCCAAGGUCAUUGUUGAAAAUGACUUACAAUUGUAUAUUUUUUGUAGCAAGAAAGCCUGUAUGAUAAACCUUGGCUAGUUUCAUAAACAUUAAGAAUAUCAGAUGGUAGAGUUUUAUUAAAGUAAUGAUAUGAAAAAGAUAGAUACUUGGUAGUUUGCCAGAUAUUUCUGCAUUCAGGCUGUUCAAGAUGUUGGCCAUAAAAUGGCACUGUAUACAUGGGACUGUUCAAAAUGGUACAGUAUGCAUAUGGGUUGUCCAUGGCUUUGCUAGCAAGCAGCUGACAGUGAUAACUAAAAUGUUAUACUUUUUUGGAUCAAAGUGGGAUCUUUGGAUUUUUAGAUCAAAGAGUCUUUCAACUGCUCCAGAAAUACACAUGUCUUUAAUUUAAAUCUCAGUGUUUCUAAAAAAGGAGAUUGUUUAAAAUGCAAGCUGAUUGUGUGCAUGAUCCUUUAAGAGCAAUAUGAUCCACCACCAUUUUCAUAGAGUUCAACUUAAAUACAGAAUGGUGUGAACAAGAAACAUCUUUUCAGAGCUUCUAAAAAUCAAAACAGGAAAUGGAAUUGUGUAGAUACAUCCAAUGUUAUUAAAGAGGCACAAACGCAAAAAAUUGUAAUUAUCAAGUGUUUUUCCCAAAUGCAUGGAGGUUGGUCUUUGUAGAAAUUAUUUACUUUGUGGGAACAAAAUUCAUGUGUCAAACGAGACAGGGGCAGAAAUAUGUGGGUAUGAUUUCAGUGAAAGCCAUGAUGCAAGAAAUGGUGCUAGAAAUGGUGUGAGUGUGUGACUGUGUCAUAACACAGAACCAUGAAUUGCUCGUUUAUACUGACAACAACCACUACAACAGUCUAUCACAUCCUCUAUCUACCUUUACAAGCAAAAGAAAAGAAACAACAUCAAUCGAUUGAAGCAGCUGGGGCAAGAAGCCCCGACCGUAAACAGCCAAAUGACAUCAAACUCUCUGUUUCCAUGCAGCAGACCAGAAAAUAAGUAGGAUAUCAAAAAUGUAUAUCCCAAUUUUGAAAGUCUUGAAACUUUACUUCCACAACGAGUACAUACAAACUAAAGAUUUUUUCAGGUUCCGUGAGCUCCCAACCUGUGGCUCAUACAAUAUUUUCGAAAUCGUCGGAUGUAAAAAUUUGCGUCAGUGUCUCUUUAAAGACUAGCAACCGGGGGUAAUACUAGAUAUUACCAGAAAUUUUCACAUGAUCACACUUAAUGCAAAACAUAGUAUUGCAAUACAGGGAUGGCAAAAGCAGGGGGCUUUAGAGCUUGAACACCUGAGAUAAUUUGUCAAACUCUAAUUAAAAAAUUAAAAAAUAAUCUCGAUUUUGGCCUUUUGCAUGUUUAGCCCCUAAAACUUCACACCCAGCCCCCAGUCUACAGUAUAAUUUGUGGUCAAUGUUACAAUGUAAUGCUAGGGACUGCUUUAGUGUUAAUUUAUACGUUGACAUCUGUCAAAGAAAGUUAAAGGAACCAACAAGAUGUCAAACUAGAAAGAUUACAAAACAAAUAAGCAAUUAGUUAUAACUCAAAAUUUCCAAACUGCAUACUGUUCAUACAUUGAAAACAACAUACUUUUGUAACAAUAUUUAUCAUUUUAUGCAAAAUGCUGGUAGAUUAUGUCUUAAAGGUUUUGAAAUCUCACAGCUCUUAUUUUAAUAAUGGCUUUUUACUUGCCAAAGCAUCAAAGCUUGUCUAUUUCCAAGAAUCAUCAAUUUGGAUUAAAAAAGUAUAAAAACAACUUUGUGUACACUCAUUUUUGAUAAGAAACUGGCUAAAAGAAACGAGUCCUGGACAGUCAGAAAAAAUCAAGAAACUCCAGUAGUCGAAGCAAAAACAUUUAGAAACAAUUAAAUCGUGAUAAAGCUGAGAACAACGAAAUUUUGUAAAAUCCAAGAACAUGAUUGCCCUGUUGGCCUAGAAUUUCAGACACAAGGGAUACAAAUAUACUUCCCACAUCUAAAUACAGCAUCAGAACGGGAGCGAAUCUCUUGACGUGAUAAUGAGGUCACGAACAUUUCAUAACAUCAUUCAUGACAUCAUAAUUAAGGAACUUUUAAGAAACAAUGAGUAUUGAAAUGUCAAAAAGAUUUAAAAACUGGAGUACUCAACAUCGACCUUUGUUUCUUAGAAAAAAAUGAGAAACUAGGCAAUUGUCCCACUUCUUUCUCUUUGGGUAACGUCCUAUUAGAGUAUCUGCAGCUAUAAUCUGUAACAAUUUGCAAUUAUUUUAGGAGUUUCAAGGAAGAGGACGAAAAGGAAUGUCAGUAUAUUCCACACUGGAAGUAACGAGUGAUUCUGGACAAAACAUUAUGCUUUAAAAGGCAAUUGAGGUCAAUUUGCAAAAAUGCUGGGCAAAAGCUACAUGCUCUCUCGAGAAUCUCUCACUUUCUUGAUACUGAACAACUUAAGAGAGUAAGGCAUUUAUCUUCUCCCAGUUCAACUACUGUCCUCUUGUUUGGAUGUUCUGCGAUAGAACACUUAAUAGUAAAGUUAAUCGUAUUCACGAACGGGCAUUGCAGAUAACUUACAACUACAAAGAUAUGAAAUCAGAUUUUGACACAAUGUUACUUAACAUUUAACAGAUAUAAUGAGACAAUGCGGUCCAAGUCCACACCAGGAAUUUACAACUGUUGAUGAUUGAAAUUUAUAAAACAAAAUGGGAGCUCAAUCCUACUUUCAUGAAGGAUAAAUGUGUUUACUGUAGACUGUGUAGACUUUUCCUGGCUCAGGUUGGGUUCUUGACCGGAUAAAUGUUUUGUAUUGUAAAUGCCAAAAAUUAGGCGUUUCCAACAUAAAAGGGCGUGGCUUCACUUUCUGACAAUCUUUGCAUUGGUCAGAAUUCAGGCUGGAUCCGCGCCUGCAAUGAUUUUUGACAAAAGAGGUAAAAUGGAACAGGCCUUCGGCGAGAAUCUUUGUUUCUCUUUAUGGGUGCAUGCCUGCCUAUAAAUUCUUUGACUAUAUUUUUGCGAUAACCACUCUACCAUUUGUUUCAUUUAUUGAGUAGAUAAGGCUGAACGGCCAGCUGGUUAUUGGCGUAGGCGUAUGGGGCAUCGUUGCUGCUUAUAUGACUGAGACCAUUCUAUCUCUUUGCGAUUAUUCUAUCGAGAUAAAACAAGGUUUAUGACGCUUUAAGUUUCAUCCAUCCAAUCAUAUUUUGGAAUAUUCUAUUAGAGCGAUAAAUAACAUAAAACGAUAAACUCACAACCAUUUGGACUCAAACUCUUGUUCAAGAUUUUCACUGACAACAGCUGUUUGCAUCUUACCUGUUUGUCAAAAAAUAUCAAAAGAGUAGUUUUGAAACAAAUCGUCAGCUUCUCUACAAAGUACAGCUUCUUUGUGAGGGAGCAUAGGGUACAAAAAAGGUAAUUCUAGAAUUAUGGACAGACAGUUAUUAAUGGGGAAGUUUUAGGAAGAACAGGAAUAGAAACAAGCCUGGUGAAAGUUAUAAUAAGGAAAAUAUAGUUCGAGUUCUUGGGACAUGUGAUGAGAUCUGAAAGAAUGUAAUAUCUAGUGUGAAAGAAGAAGAGGAAAACAACGGCAGAAAUACUUUAUGAGAUUGAACACGGAUCUUAAAACUGGUAAAAGAGAUUCAGAAAUUUUGACAAUUGUCAAAAGAUGAAGCAGGAUCGAAAAACAUGAUCACCAACGCCCUGAAGGGACAAGGCACUAAGAAGAAGUGGAAAAAAGAAGAAGAAGAAACACAAUGCAAGCUAAGUGUGGUUCCCUUAAUGAGUCUAGGGAACAUUUCAAAACCAUUCAAUAAAAUAUAAAUACUUGAUACACAAGAUACAUUCAUCGAUUGUCCAGCAGUUUUCUUAAGUUGUUUUUAAGCUAUCUCUGAUGAAAUUUCAUUUAAUCAUCAUUUUAACUAGAUAAUCCUGUUUCAAUUAUUGUAAAAAAGAUUACAACGCUUGCAGCGACUAAGUGUGGCUAGAUUAAGAGUCGCUCUCUAAAUAAACUGCUUUAUCGUCAUUGCUAUUGCAAUACACAAGUGCAUUAUGAUGAUUAUUAUGACCCAUUAGUAUUAAGCAUAAUCAAAUAAUGUCGAGAAGCAUAAAAAAUAUUUAGAUCAACACAGUGUGACGUUAUUAGCCUCAGUUUACACACAGUUUUGUCGCAUUUUCAGUGAAUUUCAACUCAAUUAGUUAUCAGCACAAAGGUUGUGGCAAAACUUGGGAAAAUCCACUGAUGACGUCAUAAAAUAAGCAGACGUCAGCAAAAUAA